AGGCGACAUACAUUUGAAAACUGAACCAUUUAAAACUGAAUAUAAACAAAACGAAUUUAAUUUUAGUAGAUGUUCAUCAGCAUUUUUUUUGGGGAUUGUUUUUGUAUUAGUUUCUGUGAGUUUGUCAUCUGAUUUAGUUUACGAUCGCGAGAUGAAAACUAAAAAUCAGCUUUACAUUAAUGGAGUUAUGUUUUUGGAAUACAUCGGUUCUUACUUUAUACUUUUGACACUCAUGCUAUUAUUUAUUUUUUUCAUACUAAUCUCUCUAAUUUUUAUUUUACAUGUCGAGGGUUUAGACACGAUUCCAGCUGUAUAUAUAAUGGUUAUUCUAUUUUUUGUCUAUUGUCCAACAGCAGUUGUAGCUACUGCUUGCUUGUCUUAUUUUUUUGAUAAAGCUGAUUCUCUUCAAUGUAUAUUACCAAAUGUUACUUCUCUAAUCGGAGGGGUCCCAUUCAUGGCAGUUGCUUCUUUAGACAUGUUAGGGGUCGCUAAAAAUUUAACAUUCGCUCUACAUGUACUUUUUUCUUCAACAAAUUUUGUUUAUAUUCCAUUUUCAAUUAUAUACCAUGCUAAUAGCGUGUAUCGCGAAAGUGAUCAACAUACAUCAUUUAUAAAAUAUGUAAAUAAGGAGACGGUUGCAUUACUAAUGGGCUGUAUUGGACAACUGCCGGUAUUGUGGGUCAUACUUACACUUUUAGACUCGAGCUCAAAAAAAUCAAGUAAUAAGAAUAUGACAAUAGACUUGCAAGAUGACGGCGAUGAAGACGUGAAAAAUGAAAGGAGAAAAGUAAAUAAUAUUGUAACUGAAAAAUCAUAUUGGCCAGUGAUAGUUAUUCAAAAUUUAAGAAAAGAAUACUACAAUAGAAAUUUAGAAUCGAAUAAAAUAUGUUUUCAUCAAAAAUUAUGUUUAAAUGAUGAACCAACAAAAAAAGUUGCAAUUCGAAAUUUAUCUUUAACAGUUGAUACAGGAGAAAUACUUGGAUUAUUGGGUCACAAUGGUGCUGGCAAGACUUCAACAAUGAAAGUUUUAGCAACAGAAGAAAAAGAAACAGCAGGAAAAUUUGAAUCAGUGUUGUUUAAGAAUGUUUUUGUAAAAUGAACAUUUUCUGGAAUCGAUUUCUUUUUUGGGACACAAGUUAUGAAAUGUGUUCCAUUAGUUUUUAAAGAAAUAAGACCG